AUGAUUGACCUCGUCAAGCGAGCCGCCAGCUCGCAAGCUGGUAUUAUUGAUGGCCUGAACCCAGUCAAGUUCGAUUCGACGGAUCCCAUUAAGCUCUGGAUUGUUCAAGUCGGAAUCAUCCUGAUUUUCACUCAGCUGCUUGCAUACCCAUUGGCUCGUCUUCGCCAGCCGAAGGUCAUUGCGGAAGUGAUAGGGGGUGUUAUUCUUGGACCAACAGUGAUGGGAAGGAUACAUGGAUUUACCCCGAACAUCUUCCCCUCAGCAUCACUCCCAUUCUUGAACCUUACAGCCACGAUAUCACUCGUUUUGUACUUAUUCCUCAUUGGUCUUGAGAUCGACGUCGGGACCAUGAAGCGUAAUCUUCGUUCCGCCACACUCAUUUCGGCUGCCGGGAUUAUCGUCCCAUUCGGUAUUGGCGCAGGCAUUUCUGUUCCCCUGUAUCACCACUUUGUGAACGAGGAUAAGGUUUCACUUGGUCACUUCUUGUUGUUUACAUGUGUUGCCAUGUCAAUCACCGCGUUUCCUGUUCUCUGUAGGAUUUUGACGGAUCUCAAAUUGCUCGAGAACAAGAUCGGCAUAGUCGUUCUUGCAGCCGGAGUGGGGAAUGAUGUCAUCGGAUGGGUUCUACUCGCUCUCACUGUUGCUCUCGUCAAUGCCACCAGUGGAGUAAGCGCCGUCUAUGUUCUGCUUGCAGGUGUGGCGUGGGUCUUCUUCAUGCUCUACCCUGUAAAGUAUGCGUUUCGCUGGUUAGCAAAGAAGUCGGGGUCUCUCGAGACUGGGCAGCCUUCAGCGGUACUGAUGAGCGUUACUUUCUUCGUCGUGUUUAUCUCUGCGUUUUACACGGAUAUUAUUGGGAUUCAUGCUAUUUUUGGAGGGUUUUUGGCAGGUUUAGUUAUUCCUCAUGAGAACGGCUUUGCCAUUGCGAUUGUAGAGAAGAUCGAAGAUGUUGUGGUUAUUCUUUUGCUCCCAAUUUAUUUCACGCUCUCAGGGUUGAAAACCAACUUGGGACUUCUUAACAACGGUGUGACGUGGGGCUACACGAUCCUUCUCAUUGUAGUCGCCUUCGUCGGGAAAUUUGUCGGUUGUGCGGCUUCCGCAAGAAUAUCCGGUUUCAACGCUCGCGAAUCAGGAGCCAUUGGCUCGUUGAUGAGUUGCAAAGGCCUCGUGGAGCUCAUUGUUCUGAAUGUUGGCCUACAAGCUGGCCUUUUGGAUCAAAGAUUAUUCUCAAUGUUCGUUCUUAUGGCAUUGGUACUGACGAUGAUGACAACUCCAUUGACUCUAUGGAUGUAUCCACCCCGUGUCCGUGGUCGCAUGCAGCUAGAGCGUAUAGAUUCUGCGUCAUUAUCAGUGACAAGCCUGAAGCAAGAAGACAGUGGUUCCAAAUUCAGCCUCGUCCUCGAGCGAGUCGACCAGCUCCCAGGCGUCAUGUCUGUUAUGCACCUUUUUAACCCUCCUACUUCGGCGAACCGCCAAUUCAUCACGGUUGAUGCCCUUCGCCUCGUUGAGCUUUCCGAUCGUGCAUCUGCCGUGAUGCGGGGCUCGGAAAUCGAAGAGUUACUCCGCCGUGAUCCCAUCGCCAAGGUGCUCAGGACGUUCGGCAGACUUAAUCACAUUGCGGUGUCUUCACUUUCCCUCACUGUUGUGCCCCAAAGCAAAUUUGCUGAGAGCGUGGCUAGCUUUGGAAGGAGUAAGUCUGCGGAGCUAAUUGUUCUCCCGUGGAGCAUCACUCAGGGGACUACCCAUUUGAGCGAUGCGGACAAGCCGGCUUCGACCUCGUACAACCCGUUGCAGUAUCUCUUUGGGAAUGGCCAAGUGUCAGGCGAUGCGGAUGUUCAAUAUACGCAGUUUAUCAGACAGGUUUUUGUUGGUGCAUCUUCGGACGUUGGUCUCCUUGUUGAGCGCGAGCGCGAGGAGAGCCUAUCAUUAGAUCCCACGCAGCAUUUAGUCGUCCCCUUCUUCGGAGGCCCAGAUGAUCGUCUUGCUGUGGAGAUCGCUGUUGGUCUUGCCAAGCAGAAUCUGGGUGUCAUCAAGGCGACAAUAAUCAAGGUCACCAGGGUGGCGGACGAUGCAGAGAGCGUGGGCGGAAAGGAGCAACAUAUGGAGAAUCCGACUGUUGCUUCUGUUUCUCUUCCUGGAUUCCCUGAUACUGUGUACGCUCAACCUACUACGCAAACUCGUCUGAUCUCCCAGACUGCGGAUGAGAUGGCGUGGUCGAGGCUCGCGAAGGAUCAAGGAGACAAUGCGUCAUCCAACAUAUCCCUUGUCGAACAUCAGUCUGCGAAACCAUUACAUGCCAUACUCGAAAGGAUAUCGGAGAUAUCGUCAACAUCCCGCAAUCUUCUCGUCAUCGUUGGACGUGCUAGGCAGAUGGCCGCCCAGUCGCAUUACGCAGAGAUGCUUCAGUUUUCUGCUGGGCCCCAUGGCCAGUCGCUGAGCAGUGCGGGUUUGCUGAGGAAGACAGUCGGUGAUGUUGGUGCGGUCGUGAUUGCCAUGACUGGGCACCAAGUGCUGGUGCUUCAAUCAAAGCAUAUCAGAGUCGAGUCGGGCGAUGCUUGA